UUUAGUUUCUUUUCGCAAAUAAAAUAACUUUCGUUAUAACUGUCGUUCCACAAUGAACAACAGCGUUAACGAUGCUGCCUAUCGUGGUGUGCUCGGCUCAGCUCAGGCAGAUAUCGGCGGCAUCACCAUAAACAUUGAAAGUGACGACAAUGACUCAACCACAGCUGAAAACGAACAACUAUUGCCCGCUGUAAGUGCGACCUCUGGACAACAACAACAGAUAGCAACGGCCACGCCACCAACAACAACGAUGCCUACAAGCACAAGCAUUCCAUUUGAGACGCCGGUGACGCGUGGUGGCAACAACGGUGGAGGUGCAAGCUCCCGACAUGGCAGUAGCAACUUAAUAUCGUCAUUGCUGUCUCGGCAACGUUCCUAUACCCCCAGCAAUAGUGGCGGCGGUGGCACACCUGUCGUCCUGGCACGUUCCUCGACCGCACAAAUCAAUCGACGACUGCAGCCAUCGCGAAGCGUUGGCAGCGGCAACAGCAGCAUUGACGAUUCGGCACCAGUGAGUAACAGCGCCGCAGCUGCUACAACUGGGAAUGGGCGCCAGAUGGGUAUCUGGCGCGUCAAUCUCAGUAAUGUACUCUCCCUUUCCACGGCGCCAUCGACUGAAGCGCUACGCUCGCUUUUCACACAUUCCAACUUUCGCUAUCAGCCACCUGCUGGCAGUGGAGGAGUAACCGCUGGUGCUACUGCUGGUGCGGCUUCGAACGAGAAUGCAGACAAUUUGCUGAAUAGUCAGGAUACCAAUGGUGCCACAACCAGUGCCUCGUUACGCUUUGGUAAUAGAUCUAUGCACAACGGCAUGGGGCGCAGUGUAUCGUUGCGCGAGGGCGAAAUGCAACAGGCUCAGGGAAUGUCGGUACGUCAUAAUGCCAGUGUGCCCACCAGUUUGCCGGAAAUGAAUCCACCUGCGUAUGAUGAUAAUGUGCCCACUGGUAAUAACGCCAGUCAAAUGCGAGCAACUAUAGGGGGAGGUGGAGGUGGUGAAGGUCUGGCACCUGCUGCUGGAGGAGGAAGCGGCAAUCCACAGCCACCGCAUGAGCACAAUGUGGACGACGAGCAGGUCAUCUCGGAUCUGGUAGUGCACAUCCUCAGUCAUUUUGUGCGCUACUUACCUGUGAUUUGUAUACUGCUGGUUAAAUUCAUAUACGAUCAUUUGCUGGGCAUUUUAGAUCUCGUAGUACUGCUCGCUAUAAUGUACAAUGUUAACAAAUCGUUGCGCACACAGGUGUCCCGCCUGGCACAGAAAAACUUUGCCGUAUUGAUGCGUGAUGCCUGUUUUCUGGUGCUUGUGGUCGCGCUGCAUCUAUUCCUGGCCACAACGCCCCCAGAUCCCUUCGGCCUGAUUGUGCCACCACCAAAGAUAUCCUACACCGAAGUCAUUCCCCUGCCAUAUAAGGUGGUGGAGACCAGCAGCAUCACACCAGAUACAUUGCUGAAGCAAGCUCAUCUAACUGCCAAUCCAUCCGCAUCUUCGCACCAAAAUUCAUCGGAUAUGCAUAAGUCGAUAGUUCAUGGUGAAACGUUUGAAGCCGGUAAACCCAUACCAUUGGGAAUGCUGCUCUAUUAUGUGGCUGUCAAUGACGUUAUUGUUAAAUUGUUGACCAUACUCAUAAAAGUGGGCAUUACGAUGCUGCCCCUGCAGAUGAUAAGACUAAAAGUGCGCGCUCGCUUGUAUGUGCUUGUGGAAUACACUUCGCAGUUUUAUCGCGCCCUGGUGCCCAUUACACAAUGGUUCUUAUUUCUCUAUGAAUCUUACUCGGGCAUAGAAGUCAUAUCGGGUGGGCUGUUCUCGUCAUUAUAUCUGGGCGCCAAGGUAUUUGAGCUUUUGGAACGCGGAAAGUCCUUGAAGAAGGCAAUUGUUACUUUUCGACGUAAUAUUGACUCGGAGCGUCAGCCUACGAAGGAUGAACUUGAUGCUGCGGGCACAGUUUGCCCCAUUUGCCAUGAUUCAUACACCACGCCCGUCAUUCUUGAGUGUGGGCAUAUAUUCUGUGAUGAGUGCGUCAGCACUUGGUUCAAGCGUGAGCAAACAUGUCCAAUGUGUCGCGCUAAAGUAAGUGAUGAUCCGACCUGGCAGGAUGGUGCCACCACAUUCUUUUGCCAGCUAUUUUAGAUAGGCGACAACAAGAAACCACAGUCUUAGAAAAAAAUGUGUACAUAUUUUUAAGUAAGCAUUCCUAGCAAUGCCGCACACAACUUUGUAUAUUUAAGCUAACAGUUAUUAAUUAUUAUUAAUAUUAUUGCUAUAUAUGUACGGAA